GAGGUCGAGCAAAGGCAGCCUCACCCAAGACGCCAGUGACCAGCGCCUCUUACCAGCGCGCCCCCGUAUGGCCACCUUCCGCCUGGCAGGGACCAGCGGACACGACCAGGAGCGUCUCCGUCACCGUCGUCGUCUGGAGGCUCUGUCACACCUGGGCCUCCACACCGCCCCUGAUCUGGCCCUCAACAGGGGAUUCCCUUCGCCCCUCUAUGCCAUCAAAGAAUCCCCCACCACCACCAGCAGUAGGGGCGCCGCCUCCCAUCACGACCUUCACCACAGCGGCUCUCUGUCUAAUGACCACAGGGGAGGGAUGCUGGGUAUGGAGGGGCCCCACCAGGUGUACAUGCAGCAGCAGGACUCAGAGGCGAGCGAGGAGUCCAACACCUUCAAGAUAAGACGCCCGCUCACCACUAAGGAACUCACCAGGAAGAUCAAGAGGCACCAGUCAGCCAUUAUGAGGGAGAGACGCCGCUUCAUCGCCGGGGCUGAGAGACCUCCGGCCAGGAAGAAGGCGAGUUACCUGGAGAUGCUUGAGAACCGACAGGAGUUCCGACGGACGCUUGUGAAGCUCCUCAAGACGGAUGAGUGUCAGACCAAGAGCUGCCGAGCCCAGCUGGAGCGGCGCUACCACUACUUCAUCACCAGGGGCCUCUCCAUGCGCUCCAGCCCCUUCCAGAGGUCGUGGGUCUCCGCUAUCCUCAGCCUCGUCCCUAAACACCUCAGGAAUCAGAUGGGGACGUGUCAGAGCCUCAUACAGCAGUUACAGAGAGACUACGAGCACAAUAUGAGGAAGGUCGCCGUCGACUUCGUCCUCCACUCUGGCAAACCUCGCCCUCGACCACAACUUCCUGGUGAGGUGACGUCCUCCCGUCUGGCGCUGGAGUCGUGGGGGCCAUCCAAGAACUACAUCAGGAAAAACCUCCAUCUGCUGAACCCAUGCAUGUUGCAGGCGCUGGAGCUGUGGUACCGUGAAUACAGUGGGCUACGUCUGGUGGAGGUGGUGAGGGUGAUGGAGGGUAAGUGCAGUCUGGAGUUGGAGGAGUUUAUGGCUAGUGUUGGAGAUCAGCUGGACCACACUAACGACACCCUCGCCCUCUGGUUCACACAGAUCCAAACAAUCUUCUACAAGGGGUUCCAGCGUGGCCAGAUGCCGGGGUUCAGUCAGCCUGCAAGACUAUCCUCCUUCUGCAACGCCGCCGUCACCAUCAUGACCCAUAAUCUCCAGUCUCUCUGUCUUCUCUCCCUCUUCUUCUGCACCGCUUCCCUCUGCGGCUCCCAGCCAAACCUUCUCGACCCAGCCUCCAUUGGACUCUGGGUGAAGGAGCCUACGUCAGGACGACCACCACUUAAAUCAGCAGCGUCAGGGAGCGGCAGUACCCGGGGUGAAGACGCCACAACAGAUGAGGGUUUGGGAGAAUCUGUCGGUGAGGGAUCUGAGGGAGCCUCCAACGACACGAAGGCCGAGGGUAAGGCAGCAGGACGUCAGGACAGUGGUGGGGACGAGGACGCCAUACCUCCUCAGGCUGGCUCUAGUGGACACCCAAAGAAACCGAUGGUGUUAAAGCUGCACCUUCUGUUGAAUGGUAAACAGGUGAUCAUCAAACCCACAUUCUCGGAGGUGGAGACGUCACUGCUCUCCCUCUACAACAAGAUGAUAGAACUGAGUAUGUCUGUGCCUCGCCUGGAGACCAAACUCUUCGCUGAGUGGGAGGGACGCCAAGGCAAUAUCACGCCAGUGGUGGAGCAGGAGGUAGUGGGGCGACUCAGGCAACAGGUAUUGAAGGAGAUCUCAGAUUCCAACGAAGCACCGACCCACCACGCCACCCGCUACCACAAGUACAACUCUCUCAUCAGUGGCGAGGCCGAGGAGGAGGUGCAGGAGUUUAUGUCUGGUGAUCACCCCUUCGAGGCCUACGUCGACAAGCUGACUGAGUUCUCCGUGCUGAGGGCCGACAUCCUCACCUCCUCCCAACAGGUAAGUCUUCCCUCUCCCACCUGCGAUAAUCAAAAGAAACCACGCGUGGUUCAGCAGGUAAUAGCAGGUGUGUCCCGACAGGUGGUGGAGCUGGGGCCCUAUGAGGUACACUGUGAGGCGCUGGUGGCCUCCCUGGUGUCAAGGGUCACCAGCCUACGGAGGGAGAUGUUGGCUCACCUACACCAGCAGUACUGUUCUAUCGCCGACACAUUGUGUGGAGAACUGAAGGUGAUCACGGAGAGGGCCCUCAGUACCCCUGGAGACACUCUGGAGCUCAUGGAACACAAGGCUUACAUGGAGAACAUCAUGGAGAACCAGCUGCAGACCUUGGAGAGCCGCGUUUGGAGUCUCCACACACAGCUUCAGUUCCUGGCUGAGAACAUGUCCCUGAGUUCUGAGGAGUGUAGCGACACCGUUCAGCCACUCGCUUGGUUCAUCCGUCUGCCAGAGGUCUUCCGCAUCCACCUCCAGAUCAUCACGGAGAAGAGGGCCGAGUACGAGGCCAACCUCAGGGAGCGUCGGGAGAAGUUCCAGGGGGAGCUGGCGGAGUACGCGGUGCAGCUCGAAGACUUCCAGACCUUGGGUGACCACAACGAGAUCCACGAGUACAUGAGAAGGGCCAAGUCCCUCCACUCCCGCCUCGACCACGCCGCCAACUACAUCGAGCAGAUCAACAAGGAGGAGGAGGCACUGUCUUGGAACACCACUCACUACCCCGUCAGGAAACAGGUGUCGGACAAGUUGGCACCGUUCCUGAAGCUGUACGAGGUGGGGGUGGAGUGGGCGGACCGGCUGGAGGAGUGGCUGCACUCUCCUGUAGGCACUCACGAUCCUGAUGUCAUCGCUCAAGAGGUAGCAGCGACCUGGCGGACUGUGUACAAGCUGGAGAAAGGCUUCGGUGACAUCCCCGCCGCCAAGAAUGUCGUCAUAGCGGUGAGACAGCGGAUUGAGGUAUUCCGGGAGAACCUACCGCUGGUGCAGACACUUGGUAACCCUGGGCUGAAGGAGAGGCACUGGGAGAAGAUCUCAGAGGUGGUCGGUUACCCCCUCAGAGCGGACGCCACUACCACCCUCCAACGCCUCAUUGACUCCAACCUCGAGGACUACCUCUCCAAAUUCGAGUCUGUGUCUGAGGCGGCCUCUAAGGAACACGUCUUCGAAAGAAACCUCGAGAAGAUGAAGAGUGAGUGGCAGGAGAUGGAGUUGGUGUUGAAGCCUCACAGGGAGACAGACACCUGGGUGCUCUCGGCUGUUGAGGACAUCCAGUUCCUCCUAGAUGACCAUAUCGUCAAGACCCAGUCCAUGAGGUCCUCGCCCUUCAUCAAGCCCAUCGAGCAGGAGGUGGCGGCUUGGGAGACGACCCUGGCGCAGCUUCAGGAGGUAGUGGACGAGUGGUUGAGGGUACAAGCAACCUGGAUCUACCUGGAACCAAUUUUCGGCUCACCAGAUAUCAUGGCCCAGAUGCCUGAAGAGGGACGCAGGUUCAAUACUGUAGACAAGACCUGGAAAGACAUCAUGAAGAGCGUGAGACAGAACACCCGGGUCCUGUCGGUGCUGGAGGUGGACAAGAUACUAGAGAGACUCCGCAAGUCCUCUGAACUACUGGAGCUGAUCCAACGAGGCCUGAAUGAGUACCUGGAGAAGAAGCGUCUCUACUUCCCCAGGUUCUUCUUCCUAUCUAACGAAGAGCUCCUCGAGAUUCUCAGUGAGACGAAGGAUCCCAGCAGAGUACAGCCUCACCUUAAGAAAUGCUUCGAGGGCGUCAACUCUUUAGACUUUGGUGAUGAUCUGGAGGUGGUGGCUGUGAGGUCAAGUGAAGGAGAGGUCAUUGGACUUACUCAGAUUAUCAGUACAGCCAAGGCCAGAGGACAGGUUGAGAAGUGGUUGGUGCAACUGGAGGCGAGUGUCAAGUCCAGCAUCAAGAAGGUAGUAGAGUCGUGCAUGAAAGCGUACACAACGAAGGCGCGGGAGGACUGGGCGCUGGAGUGGCCAGGUCAGGCGGUGCUCUGCGUCUCACAGACCUUCUGGACCACUCACGUCUCCCGCUGCAUGGUGGAAGGUCCCCGAGAGAUGGAGGCUUACUACGAGCUGUGCAACAGUCAGAUCGAGAAGGUGGUGGGCCUGGUGCGUGGCCAACUGUCCAAGCAGAACCGCACCACCCUGGGAGCCUUGGUGGUGCUGGACGUCCACGCUCGCGACGUGUUGAAGGACGAGAUAAUGAAGAAGAAGGUGACAGACCUGACUGACUUCACCUGGCUCUCACAGCUCCGUUACUACUGGCAUGAGGACAUCUUGAAGGUACGGAUGAUCAACGCCGAGCUGGAUUAUGGCUACGAGUACCUGGGUAACACAGGGCGUCUGGUCAUCACCCUCCUGACGGACCGUUGUUACCGCACCCUCACCCAAGCCCUCAUGCUCAACCUGGGUGGCGCUCCAGAAGGUCCCGCAGGCACAGGCAAGACUGAGACUACCAAGGACUUAGCUAAGGCAGUAGCCAAGCAGUGUGUCGUUUUUAACUGCUCUGAUGGGUUAGACUACAUCUCCUUAGCCAAGUUCUUCAAGGGCUUGGCAUCGUGCGGCGCCUGGACGUGUUUCGACGAGUUUAACCGCAUCGAGCUGGAGGUGUUGUCUGUCGUGGCUCAGCAGAUCUUGACUCUACAGCGAGGCCUACAGUCAGGAGCCCCUCGCCUCACUCUACAGGGCACAGAGGUGAGUCUCGACCCCACCUGUGCCGUCUUCAUCACCAUGAAUCCGGGCUACGCUGGACGCUCAGAGCUCCCAGAUAACCUCAAGGCACUCUUCCGCUCAGUGGCCAUGAUGGUGCCAGACUACGGACUUAUCGCGGAGAUCUCCCUGUACUCCUUCGGGUUUGUGGCCGCCAGGAGCAUGUCGAGAAAGAUCGUGGCCACCUACAGGCUGUGCUCCGAGCAGCUCUCAGCCCAGCCUCACUACGACUACGGUCAGAUCUUCCUAAACGCACUGAUGCGGACGGUGAAGGCAGUACUGAUCGCCGCCGGGACACGGCUUAAGUACCCGGACAUGCAGGAGGCGGUGCUGGUGUUGAGGUCCAUCCGUGACGUGAACCUGCCCAAGUUUCUGGCUCACGACCUGCCGCUGUUUGAGGGCAUCAUCGCGGAUCUAUUCCCCGGGGUCAUGUUACCUGAGCCGGACUACACAUACCUGCACCGCGCCGUGAAGGAGGUGUGCGCGGGGGCGGAGCUGAGGGCCAAUCACUACUUCAUGGACAAGGUGCAACAGGUGUACGAGACGAUGAGGGUGAGACACGGGUUCAUGCUCAUCGGUAACCCCAUCGGCGGCAAGACGGUAGCGUUGAGGACUCUCUCCAAGGCCCUGGCCAUCAUGAAUGAACGGGGUGAGGGAGAGAACCGAGUACAGGUGUGUGUGAUCAACCCGAAGGCGGUGACAGUGGGGCAGCUGUAUGGGCAGUUCGACCCCACCUCCCACGAGUGGUCUGAUGGGGUCCUGGCCGUAAACUUCCGUAAAUUUGCUGUGUCGUCCUCCCCCGACAGAAAGUGGAUCGUGCUGGACGGGCCGGUGGACAGCGUGUGGAUCGAGAACAUCAACUCGGUGCUUGACGACAACAAGAAGCUUUGUCUCAUGUCUGGGGAGAUCAUCUGCCUCUCCUCCACCACCAACAUCAUCUUCGAGGUCCAUCACCUGGAGAACGCUUCCCCAGCUACGGUAUCUCGGUGUGGGAUGGUAUACAUGGAGCCCCUGGCGUUAGGUUGGCGUCCUUUAGUGGAGACCUGGCUGGCUAAACUCCCUCAGACACUAACCCAGCAACACAAGGCCGUCCUCACCGCCCUCUUCCACCGCUUUGUUCCUCCUCUGCUCUGCUUCGUCAGGAAACAUUUACUCUGGUUCAAGCUGGAGAGGAGUGAGUCGUACGUACAGAAGGGCGUCUCUCCCACCACCGACCUGAACCUCGUCAGGAGCCUCAUGAACAUCUUCGACUGCUUCUUGGAGGAGUUUACUGACCCCGCCUACACCAAGCACCACCCGGAGUCUGACAUACGAGCUCAUCUCGAGAGCAUCUUCCUGUUCUCGGCUAUCUGGUCCCUGGGAGGCCCACUGGACGAGGCUUCCCGGGUCAAAUUCGACCUCCUCCUACGAGAACUGAUCAACGGUGACCCCAGCCAAGCGAGCGUGAAAAAGUACGGGUUAAGAGAGGUACCGCCUCCCCCUCACGACUACCAGCUGCCCAUUCCCGACGAGGACACCGUCUUCCACUACAAGUUCGUCAAGGAGGGUCGCGGGUACUGGCAGAAGUGGAGUGAGGACUUGACUAAUGCGGCAUCUAUCCCGAGAGACGUAGCAGCCCAUCAGAUCCUCGUGCCCACCGUCACCACCGUCCGUGUCGCCGCCCUCCUCAGCCUCCUUCUGUCCCAAGCUAAGCCGCUCCUCCUCGUCGGUCCACCAGCCACAGGGAAGUCCGUCUACGUUGCGGACUUCCUGCGCAACAAGCUGAAGAGUGACGUGUACAAGCCCAUGUUCGUGAGCUUCUCGGCCCACACCAACACCACCCACGUCCAGGACCUCGUCAUGAGUGGACUGGACAAGCGCAAGAAAGGUGUAUACGGGCCGCCUGUUGGCAAGAGGUGUGUGCUGUUCGUGGAUGACCUCAACCUGCCACAGACGGACGCCUUCGGUACUCACCCACCCCUGGAGCUCCUCCGCCAGCUGGUCGACCAUGCCACCUGGUACGACAUCAGGAAGGAAGUUGAGCCCAUCCGUCUGGAGGACAUGCAGCUGGUGUCGACCAUGAGUCUGCGGGACAGCGGGAGGACUCCCCUCACCCCUCGCCUCCUGCGGCACUUCAACGUGAUCGCCGUCAACGACUUCGACGACCCCACCAUCCAAGCUAUAUUCUCCAAGAUCUUGUUGUGGCACUUGGACACACGAGGCUUCAGCAAGAUGUUUGACCCUUGCAUCGGGGAGAUCGUCUCAGGCACACUGGAGGUGUACCGCGCCGCAGCCAUCCACCUCCGACCCACACCCUCACGCUCGCACUACAUCUUCAAUCUCAAGGACUUCUUCAGGGUCAUCCAGGGGGUACUACUGUCGGUGCCGGAGACGAUGGAGGACCUGCGCUCCAUGAAGAAGAUGUGGAUACACGAGGUCCUGAGGGUGUUCUACGACCGCCUGGUGGACAGUGCAGACCGUAGGUGGCUCCUCGACCGUGUCUCUUCCGCCUGUACCAGCCACUUGAAUGAGAACUUCCACCAGCUGUUGACAGAGCUCGAUGAAGAUGGUGAUGGAGAGGUAUCGGAGGGAGAUCUACGGAACCUGGUGUACUGUGACUUUGCUGACCCCAAGAGUGAGAGUCGACACUAUGUACAGGUGGAGGAUCUGGAAGGUCUGAGGUCGGUGGUAGAAGGUUACCUACACGAGUUUAACAACAUGAGCAAGAAGCCGAUGAACCUGGUGAUGUUCAAGUUCGCCUUGGAGCACCUGGCGCGUGUCUGCCGGGUCUUACGUCAACCCCGAGGCCACGCCAUGCUAGUAGGCGUGGGCGGCAGCGGCAGACACUCCCUCACACGCCUCGCCUCCCACAUCACCGACUAUGAGCUCUUUGAAGUGGAGAUGAGUAGGAGUUACGGCAUUACUGAGUGGCGGGAGGACCUCAAGACUAUCCUGAAGAAGGCGGGUACGGGAGAACAGCAUGUGGUGUUCCUCUUCAGUGACACCCAGAUCAAGGACGAGAUCUUCCUUGAGGCCAUCAGCAGUAUCUUGAGCAUCGGCGAGAUACCUGGAUUGUACCCUACUGACGAGAAGCACACCAUAUGUGACAAGAUGAGGAACAUUGACCGCCAGAGAGACAAGAGCAAGCAGACUGAUGGGAGCCCCGCGGCGCUGUGGACACUGUUUGUGGAGCGAGUGAGGGAACAGCUUCACGUGGUCUUGGCUAUGUCUCCCUGUGGUGAGGCCUUCAGAAACCGUCUCCGCAAGUUCCCCGCCCUCCUCUCCUGCUGUACUAUUGAUUGGUUCCAGGCGUGGCCAGAGGACGCCCUUGAAGCCGUGGCCCUGAGACUGUUACAGGGGGUAGAGCUCCCUGCAGAGACUCUUAAGGGCUGUGUGUCUCUGUGUCAGUAUUUCCACACCUCCACCCAGGACCUCUCCGACAGGUUCUUGACACACCUGCGCCGCUACAACUACGUCACUCCCACCUCCUACCUGCAGCUCCUCCACACCUACAUGGUCAUCCUCGAACGCCGCCGAGGGGAGGUCAAGAAGCAAGAGUGCCGCUACACAACAGGUCUAGCUCGCCUGGAGGAAGCCGAAACCUCCGUCCUGGCAAUGCAACAGGAGCUUCUCAACCUGCAGCCCAUCCUACUGACCAAGACCCGGGAGGUGGAGGAGAAGAUGGCCGUAGUAGAGAAGAGGAGAGGCGAAGUGGCAGAGGUAGAGCGAGUGGUGCGACAAGACGAGGAGGUGGCCAACGAAGCAGCGGAGGCAGCCAAUGGCAUCAGGAAGGAGUGCGAGGCUGAGUUGAACCUGGCUCUCCCGCUACUGGAGGAGGCUACAGUUGCUCUUAACACCAUCAAACAGGACGAUAUUGUCUUCAUCAAGGCCAUGAAGAAUCCCCCAUCUGGUGUUAAACUCGUGAUGGAAGCUGUCUGUGUCCUGCUUGGCGAGAAACCAGACCGGGUACCGGAUCCUCAGGGCACCGGUAAGAUGGUGGAGGAGUACUGGUCCGUCAGUAAGCGUCUACUGGGUGACAUCAAGUUUAAGGAGAACUUACUGAACUUCGAUAAGGAGAACAUAAGCCAGAAAGCCAUCCAGACGAUACGUUCCAACUACCGCGACAACCAAGAGUUUAAGCCAGAGAAGAUUAUGGUGGCGUCCAAGGCGGCGGAGAGUCUGUGUAAGUGGGUGUUGGCGAUGGAGAGGUACGAGGAGGUGGACCGCAAGGUGGCGCCCAAGAGGGAGGCCUUACAGCGUGCAGACCAGCAGUACCAGGGCCUGAUGGGUGAGCUGCGUAAGAAACAGGAGGCACUGAGGGGCGUCCAGGAGGAGUUGGCAGGUCUCCAAGCAGAGCUAGACACAGUGAAGAAGGAGAAGCUGGAACUGGAACAGACGGUGGAGUUGUGCAGCAUCAAGAAGGACCGGGCGGAGCAGCUGCUGGCGGCCCUGGGGGGAGAGAAGACCCGAUGGACGGACAACGCUCACCACCUGGCGCAGGUGUACAUCUUCCUCACAGGUGACAUGCUGCUGGCGGCGGGAGUCAUCGCUUACUUAGGAGCCUUCACACCUGAGUACCGGGCGGAGCAGACGACUCGGUGGCUGCAGGAGUGUCGGGAGAGAGGCGUCCCUUGUUCUGGGGAGUUCGUGCUUGCCUCGGUGCUGGGAGACCCCCUCACUAUCCGGGACUGGACGCUCAAUGGGCUGCCCACCGACCCCUUCAGCAUAGACAACGGCGUCAUCAUCAGCAACACGACGAGGUGGCCGCUGUUAAUCGACCCUCAAGGACAAGCCAACAAGUGGAUCCGUAACAUGGAGAAGGACAACUCUCUCCAGGUAGUCAAGCUCUCUGACCCAGACUUUAUCCGCACCUUGGAGAACUGCAUACAGUUUGGUCAGCCCGUGUUGCUGGAGAACGUGGGGGAGGAGCUGGACCCUAUUCUGGAACCUCUCCUGCUCAAACAGACCUUCAAGCAGAGCGGCUCCACCUGUAUCAAGCUUGGGGAUGCCACCAUCGAGUACUCCGCCGACUUCAGGAUGUACUUAACUACGAAGCUGAGUAACCCCAACUACGUGCCAGAGGUGUCAGUCAAGGUCACCCUCGUCAACUUUGCCCUUACUGGUGCCGGCCUCGAGGACCAGCUACUCGCCCUCGUUGUCGCUCACGAGAAGCCAGAGCUAGAGGAAGAGAGAGUCACGCUGAUGCUUCAAACUGCUCAGAAUAAGAAGAACCUGAAGGAGCUGGAGGACCGGAUCCUAUCGACGUUGUCCUCCUCCAAGGGCAGUAUCCUGGAGGACGAGACAGCCAUCAACAUCCUGAGUGACGCCAACAGGCUGGUGAAGGAGACACAAGAGAAACAAACCAUCGCUGAGGAGACGGAGAAGAAGGUAUCAAUUAAUGCUGUACUGCUCAUCACCGCUACCAGACUACCUUUCACCUGGUGGAUCAGUUCCCGCAGCACCUGCAGUGGCGGGAGGUGUUCGAGUCGGAGAAGCCCACAGAAAGACCAUCCGUGUGAGGAAGGAGACGAGAUCGCCCGCAUGCAGCUCUUGUGUAUUCUUCGGUGUCUCCGCCCGAUAAAGUGGUGGCAGCCAUCCAGGACUUUCGUUGCGGACCUCCUGGGGAAGGCGUACAUUGAACCACCUCCCUUUGACCUGGCCCGCACCUUCACCGACUCCAACUGCUGCCUCCCCCUCAUCUUCCUCCUCACCCCAGGAGCUGACCCCACCAACCUCCUCCUCAAAUUCGCCGAGGAUCAGGGUAUGGGAGGGGACCGGCUACAGAGUGUGUCGCUAGGUCAGGGGCAGGGACCAGUGGCCAGACGCCUGAUCGAGGAGGGAGUGAGGAUAGGAACUUGGGUCCUCCUCCAGAACUGCCACCUCGCCAAGUCCUUCAUGCCAGAUCUCGAGAAGCUGUGUGAAGACCUCAACCCAGAUACGACUCACUCAGACUUCCGGCUGUGGCUCACGAGUUACCCAUCAGCUCACUUCCCUGUCUCCGUCCUGCAGUCCAGCAUCAAGAUGGUCACGGAGCCACCCAAGGGACUCAAGGCCAACCUCAAGAGACUCUACCUGGCGGAUCCUCUGUCAGAACCAGAAUUCCUGCAUGGAUCCGGGUCCUCUGAGAGAUUCCGUCGCCUGGUGUACUCCCUCUGUUUCUUCCACGCCGUCGUCCAGGAGCGUCGCCUCUUCGGACCUCUCGGUUGGAACGUGCCGUACUCCUUCUCCGACACCGACCUCAGGAUCUCCUCCCAGCAGCUCCGUAACCUUCUGGAUUCUUAUGUGGAGAUCCCGUGGGAGGCGCUGCAGUACCUGACGGCUGAGUGUAACUACGGCGGGAAGGUGACAGACGAGCGUGACCGUCGCACCCUGAGUACCAUCCUGAGGCGCUUCUAUAACCCCGAGGUGGUGGACGGCGACCCUCACUCCUUCGACCACCUGGGUGUGUACACAACGCCGAGUGACGGGGACCACGCCCACUUCCUAGAGCACAUCUCGGAGCUGCCCCGCGACGCUCCUCCUCACGUCUUCGGCAUGAACAGCAACGCCAGCAUCAACAAGGACCAGGCCGAGACCAACAAGCUCUUCUCCGCCGUCCUCCUCACCCAGGCGACGUCGUUGUCUUCAGGAGACGGCGGGGGCGGGGAUGGUGACUCUGUGGGCAGGACGUGUGAGGAGAUCCUUGGCCGCAUCCCUCCAGCCUUCCACGUGGACGCCGCCCUGGCCAAGUACCCGACCAUGAGAGAGCAGAGCCUCAACACGGUGCUGGUGCAGGAGAUGAGUCGCUACAACACCCUCAUCCACACCAUCACCAGCACCCUCAGCGCCGUCCUCAGAGCCAUCGAAGGUACUGAGAGUCUGUCGGAAGAGGUGGAAGAGGUGUUGGUGGGCGUGAGGACUGGUCGGGUUCCUUCUAUGUGGCGGGCCAGGUCCUACCCCACCCUCAAAGGACUCGGCUCCUACAUCACCGACCUCGUACAGCGGCUACAGUUCCUUCAGGGUUGGUAUGACACAGGGCAGCCGCGGGUGUUCUGGCUCAGCGGCUUCUUCUUCACCCAGUCCUUCCUGACGGCGGUGCUGCAGAACCACGCCCGCGCCCACGCCCUGGCCAUCGACCAGCUCUGGUUCCACUUCCAGGUGUUGGAGGUGGACGAGGAGAGCCCGGUACCUGAGGUGGGCACUUAUAUCAGGGGCCUCUACCUGGAGGGCGCCAGGUGGGACUUCGAGAAGAACCGCCUGGAGGAAGCACUACCCAGGAGACUCCAUGAGAAUAUGCCUCCAAUCUGGUUAAAGCCAAUGGUCCGAGAAGAGAUUCCCAAAGAACUGACCUACUCCUGUCCUGUGUAUAAGACGAGUGAGCGUAGAGGGAACCUGACCACCACGGGCCACUGUACGAACUACGUCAUCUCGGUACAGAUUCCUACACACCUUCACGAGGACCAUUGGAUUCUCAGGGGUGUGGCUCUACUCUGUUCCCUCUCUGACUAAAAUUAUUCAACUCUAGAUUAUCAGACGAGUGAUUAAGAUUAUACAACUUUAGAUUAUCAGACAAGUAACUAAAAUUAAACAGCUUUAGAUUAUCAGACGAGUGACUAAAAUUAUACAGUUUUAGAUUAUCAGACGGGUGACUAAAGUUAUUCCACAUCUGUUUACUUUCUAUCCACACUAUCCACACUAUCCACAUCUGCCCAGAAAGAUAAUAAGGUGACACUGUAUUGACUUUGAUAGCCUUUGUUAAGUUAGUCAGGGUAGAUAGUCGAAGGUUAGCGUGUACGAAGCAGCAAGUGUUGAUUAUCUACCUGAGGACAGACAGUGUUUAACCACAGUCAUCCCUCGGGUGUGGCGACUCCCUAAUUAGCUCCUUUCGUCUACCUGUCACCAUGAACGACGCUGGAAUUGACCUACACUCUAUUAUUUAAGGGUCAUAUUUCAGCAGUCCUCCUCAUUAUUUAGGAAUAAUUGGUUAACACAUCACAACAUGGAAGUUAUUAGUUGUAUAUCUAUUCAUAUGUAUAAUGUAUAUGGAAUAUAUUAAUACAUAUCUACACAUGGAA